AUGAGUGCUACAGAUGGCAAUGUAGAUGCUAAGAUAUUAUCAGCUAUUGUAAGCGAAGAGGAGGACAGCGAUUCAGAUAGAGAGCUGCAAAUUGCAUUCGAGGAAGGUCUGCUAAAGAUUGAUAAACUGAAUUAUGUUACGGAAAAGAAGAGACCGAUUAUAAAUAAAAAAGCUGAAUUGGAGAAUAAAGUUAAGGAACUAACGAAGAAUUUAACAUGGAUAGAAACGCUAGACGUGGCAGUAAAUAGUGACCAUAUCGGUGAGAAAGUACUCAACGACGAUUUCGAGCGUGAAAUAAUUUUUUACAAGCAAGCCGAAAAAGCAGUGCAGAUAGCGGUAUUACGACUGCGUGAAAUGAAUGUGAGGAUUUUUCGACCAACAGAUUAUUACGCCGAAAUGGUGAAAAGUGACCAACAUAUGCAAAAGAUAAGGCAACGUAUGGCAGAAGUUGAAGAAAGCAAGCAAAAGUUGGAAGCAAUUCGUAGAAUUCGUGAAGAAAAGAAGUUUGCAGCUAAAGUGCAGAAGAAGGUAAUGGAAAGGAAACAGAAUGAAAAGAAGAUUUUGGCAGAAGCGGUAAAGAAACAUCGAAAAGGUGUCAAAUCACAUCUGGAUGCCAUACUGAAUAAUGCGAACACAACGCGAGAUACUGGGGUCGAAGCGAAAAGGUCAGAGAAAGGAAGGAUGCGUGGAAAGAGUAAGAAAUUUCGUCGACUGGCCCGGGAUAAAAAGUUUGGCUUCGGCGGACAAAAAAAAAGAUCCAAAAAAAAUGAUAAAAAUAGCUUUGAAGAAAUUGCGACACCUGGAAGUGUAGCUCGUAAGCUCAAAGGACAUCAUUUUGGCGGAAACUUGUUGAAAAAUAGUGCGAAGCAAAGAAAAAAAGAUAAUUGUUUUUUGUCUAACAUUGGAAAAAGGGUACUACGUAUGUCUUUUAUCUAA